CUCCCUCCCGCUCAACUGUCCCUCACGCGCCUGGGGAGGUGCCGCCUCUGACCCUGCGGGUGAGCCCCUGAGCCCCAGCGCCCACCAUGGGGAAUGAGGCCAGUUACCCAGCACAGAUGUGCUCUCACUUUGACCGCGAUGAAGUUAGAUGUCUGUGCAAGAAGUUUAAGAAGCUGGACUUGGACCAUUCAGGCACAGUGAGCUUGCAGGAAUUCAUGGCCCUCCCCCAGCUGCAGCACAACCCGUUGGUGCAGCGAGUAGUCGACAUCUUUGACAUCGACGGCAAUGGCGAAGUGGACUUAAAGGAGUUCAUCUGGGGUACCUCCCAGUUCAGUGUCAAGGGAGACGAGCAGCAGAAAUUGAGGUUUGCUUUCAGCAUCUAUGACAUGGAUAAAGACGGCUUCAUCUCCAACGGGGAGCUCUUCCAGGUGCUGAAGAUGAUGGUGGGGACCAACCUGACCGAUUGGAAUUUACAGCAGCUCGUGGACAAAACCAUCAUCAUCCUGGAUAGAGACGGUGAUGGGAAAAUAUCCUUCGAGGAAUUCAGUGCCGUGGUCAAACACCUGGAGAUCCACAAGAAGAUGGCCUUAAUUAUGUGAAUUUUUAAGCAUCCACCCACUAACUUCAGCUUGCUUUUCUCUUUCAAGAUCAGCUCAAAACACCUAGCAAGUGUCACUCUAACUUAACUGGGAGUAUUUCUCUUUGUGAAGCCACAUGUUCUCAUGUGAAUCUCAUGAAUAACUCAAUGUCGUUAAGUAAUUUUCCCAAUGACUCAGGCUAACCCCCUGGAUGGGAGAGCACAAAAUGGUGUGUGAGGAAAGUUUUCAUCAGUUAAUAAACUUAUUUUUCUUUAUUUUGAUUCAGAGAUCAAACUAUAAAGAGUCAAGAAGAACAUGAAGUUCCAAAAUAUGAAAAUAUACAUCUUUGUCUUGACUUCUCGUGGUUUAUGUGGGGGAGUAAUUGUACAAUUCAAGUUUAAGGUGAAUGGUUUUCUUUUACUUGUGUCUUGUCAGGUGUCUGUUGACAAGUUGUUAGCUUUCUGUUGUUAGCAACAAGGAAAGUGUAUUUCUCUUGACCAAGCACCUUUUAAUCACCUCUUCCUGAGCAACAAAACCCUUCUUUUCCUUUUCUAGUCACAGCCGAGCGCCCACAUCUAGAAAUCCCUGAGUUUGUCUUGAGGGCUAAGAGUCCCGUCCUGCCACUCCUGUGUCAUUGCUCUAGCUCCUGAAGACGAACUGUUCUCAGGGGUCUUGUAAGAAAUGCCAGGCCUGGACUAAGUGCCCAGCUAAACAGUCAGCCUCAAUGACAGUAAGUUUUGGGGGUUGGCUGCUCCUGCCCCAGUAAGUUCAGUUCGAUUUAGUUAAAGGGACUUUCAACCACACAGGGCAGGAAACUCCCCUCCCCCCAAUUUUUCUCACCUCCAACACUCAGCCAUACCCACUUGGAGGGAAUGAGAAUGAGUCAGUCAUUCUUAGUACUGGGAGGUGGAGGGAGACAGUAAAGACUCUGCCUUCCAGUGAACUCUCCCCAGGAUGCUGAAAUGGUGGUGUUCCUGGCACUCACAAGAUACAGAGCCAGGCAAGCACCUCUGCAUUAGCUAAGCUCAUAUUCAAGGACCUGACUUGGGGCCUCGAAUGGAAGCUGAGAGCCCUCUCAUCCCAGAAAGCAUUUUCUCUAAAAUAACCUUCAGCCCAAAAUCCCUCACACCCCACUACACCUACACACAAGGAACGAGCUAGAGCUUGUUCUCUCUUGGCAAGCGCCAAGGCAUACAUCGCUUCCCGGCUCCAAGUUCAGAGACAUCAUGUCAGUAGCAUGAAACUGGAUAUGGUGGGGAUAGUCCAUCUUAGCAUAGAUAAACACUUUUCAUUGUUCCUGUUUGA